GUUAAGAACUGUUCCAGGUGUAUCAACUGGCAUUAUGAUAUAAUAACCAUCCCGAGAGAAAUAUUUUUAAUAAUACGUUAAAUGUUUGCAUUGAUCUGUUUGUCAUUAAUUUCGAAUCGGGAGAUUCGAAUCGUGAUUUUUUAGUUCCCCGUAAACAAUCCGAUCGUUAUUUUUGCUCGAGUGCAUAAAACAUUCUUUAAAGAAAACAAAAACAUCAAUUCGAUUGGAAAAAAGAAAGUUUGUCUUUGACUCUGCUGUUCCGAUAUUAUUCUGUCUACCGGUAUGCCCUCCCAUCAAUUUCAAUAUAACGUUUGGUGUUUUCAAUUUCAAAGACUGUUCAAUUCUUGAGAGUAUAUUUCCUCUGAGUUAAUUUUAAAUUAGUGUUUUUACAUAUUAACUCUCAAAUGGCUCGCGACACGGCCGUCAUCAUUCCCAUAACAUCACCCUGGUCACGAUCGUGGAAGUGCCAUAUGCCACAGGAUGUCAAGCAACAGAUUUCCACUAUAAGCAUCCAUAAUGAAGCCACCAAAUCCAUUUCAAAUAACCCGGCAGGACAUGACGCACUUUCCAAUGUUUCACACCAAAAUCCAGGAAGGUUCCCCACACGGUUCGUGUUCACCCUUUUGGGUUUUCUUGGGUUCUUCAACACAUACACCAUGCGUUUCAACCUCAGCGUAGCUAUGGUGGCGAUGGUGAAGUCUACGAUACCAGAAACAGACUUUGUAGAUGAGACACCAGAUUCAUGCAGCGAGCUUAUCCGUGACACAAAAGUUCUGAAUGGAACCAUGCCAGUUGAUGUAAGUAUCAUAUAUUGACGUUUAUACAUGUUG